AUGUUAAUUGACUCUAGAUUUUUCAGACAACUGCUCCUUAACCCUUUUGUCCCAGCAGAGAAUCCAAGCCUGGAACCUUGUGUCUUCCUAAUAUGGCUCCUUUCCUUUCAGACCAAGACCCUUCAAGCCUUCCUCUUAGAAACCUGGACCUCCUUUGAGUCUGUGAAAUCAUUCUGCCUCAACACAAGCACUUUUAUCUUUUGUUCCGAUGAGUUAUCUGGGGCAGAAAAUGAACGCUCAAUGGAUGAAUUCUUCAGAAAAUAUUAUGUUCCUUUUCUUACAAACAUCUAAACCAAGUUUAUCAUGUUGUUAUAUGGAGCAUAACUUGCUAGUAGUAUUUAUGAAGGAAUUCAGAUCAAGGAAGGUAUAGACCAUUGAAAUCUAGCUAGUGAUGGUUCUUGCAUCAUUCCAUUCUACAACUGGGAAGACGAGUAUUUCUCAGAAUAUGGGCCCAGGGUUACAGUUAUUAUUACUGAAAGUGUACCUUACUGGAAUGCAUCCAUUCAUAAUGACACUGGGAACUGUAUGGAGACCUUUGAGAAUACUUCUUAUGUGGACAAAAGUCUUCCAGAAAAUUUUAAGUGGGACAUUGAUAUUAGCUUUCUGGAAACUGCAACUUCCCAUUUCUUCAUUCAAACAGUGAAUAUAACCACUGCAGUUGAUUAGAAAAUCCUUUUAAACCAUGAGAAGUUAGCUAAGGACUGCAAGAUCUCAUUCAACUCAUUCAAGUUCUCAUUCAAACUCAUGCUGGUUUAUCAUCCAGCAUUAAUCAACUAUGAUCAGUAUCUUGCAAUUGUACAGAGCACCAUUCAGAAUGUUGUAAUUGCAGCUGAAGCUAUGCAGGUUGUUUCCCUGUUGCUUAUUUCCAAACGUCUCUGUUCUCUAUCUGCUACUGCUUCCAUUAUUGUUGGUGCUGCUGGUUUCAUGAUGUACUGGGAUGUCAAUCUUGAGUCCAUAUCCAUGAUCAACCUUGUCAUUUGUAUAGGGUUUUCAUUUGUAUAGGACUUGGCAUACGUGUUGUAUGCAUUUGGUUCAAAUGGAAAGCCCAUUGUGAAUGAAAGGGCAGUGGAGGCACUGUAUAUUCUUGGUUACCUUGUAACACAAGAGGCUUUUUCCACUUUAUUGGGAGUAGUGAGUCUAACUGCAGCAGAAACGUAUAUCUUCAGAAACUUGUUUAAGAUUAUGUUUCUUUUGUUACUUGUUUGGGGAGUUCAUGGUCUUGUUUUCAGUCCAGUGGUUUUAACUUUCUUUGGGAAUUUUGGCAGAUGA